AUGGCUCGCAAGUUCUUCGUCGGUGGUAACUUCAAGAUGAAUGGCACCGUGUCGUCCAUCAAGGAGAUUGUCAACAACCUGAACAGCGCCAAGCUCGACAGCAACGUCGGUCGUCGUCGCGCCCCCGCGCUCUACCUCCUCCAGGUCCGCGACACCCUCCGCAAGGAGAUCGAGGUCGCCGCCCAGAACGUCUACGACAAGCCCAACGGCGCCUUCACCGGUGAGAUCAGCGUCUCGCAGCUCAAGGACGCCAACAUCAACUGGACCAUCCUCGGUCACUCGGAGCGCCGCACCAUCCUCGGCGAGUCCGACGCCGUUGUCUCCUCCAAGACCAAGUUCGCCACCGAGGGCGGCGUCGGCGUCAUCUGGUGCUGUGGUGAGAGCCUCGAGGAGCGUGAGGCUGGCAAGACCAUCGACGUCGUCAGCAAGCAGCUCGCUGCCCUCAAGUCCCAGACGUCAGACUGGUCUCAGAUUGUCAUCGCCUACGAGCCCAUCUGGGCCAUUGGCACUGGCAAGGUCGCCACCACCGAGCAGGCUCAGGAGGUGCACGCCGCCAUCCGCGCCUGGCUCAAGAAGGAGGUCAGCGACAAGGUCGCCGAGGAGACCCGUAUCCUCUACGGCGGCAGCGUUACCGAGAAGAACUGCGGCGAUCUCAGCAAGCAGCCCGAUAUCGACGGCUUCCUCGUCGGCGGUGCCUCCCUCAAGCCCGCCUUCGUCGACAUCAUCAACUGCAGGUUGUAA